CAGGGUCUUACUAUAUUCGCUUUCGUACGAACGACCCUACUCUACACUUCUCUUCGUUUUAAACUACUCUCUCUCUCCUCUCGUUCUCAGUUCUCUCCCUAUUCUCUUAUAUAAUAAUAUAAUUGAAUUACUAAAUGAACAGCAUGGAUCCUGCUCUCUUCUACGUGGGGACCACCACCACCACCACCACAGCCACUACCCACGGUAGCGUCAAGAGCUGCGUGGAGCAUCGGCACGCGCCGGUGCCGCCGAACUGGAGGCCUUUAACGGAUGAUGUGGCGGCGAUUGGAGCAGUGGAGAGGAUCGUCGGCUACUGCUUUAAGAACAAGAGGCUUCUAGAGGACGCUUUGACCCACUCGUCGGUGAUGGACUCGACGGCAUCGUACCAGCGGCUUGAGUUUCUAGGCGACGCCACGCUGGGACUGGCCGUCAGCAACUACGUCUUUCUCGCUUACCCUGGGAUCGACCCCGGCCACCUCUCCUUGCUCCGCGCUGCCAAUGUCAGUACGGAAAAGCUCGCACGUGUGGCCGUGCGACAUGGCCUCUAUCGCUUCGUUCGCCGUAACGCUCCAGCCCUUGACGAAAAGAUUAGGGAAUUUUCUGAAGCUGUAUCAAAUGAAGAAGACGCAGUUGCACAUGGUGGAUCAAUAAAAGCACCUAAAGUUCUUGCUGAUAUAGUAGAGUCUAUAGCGGCUGCUGUAUAUGUAGAUGUCAAUUUUGAUCUUCAAAAGCUCUGGGUGAUUUUCAGGGGUCUUUUGGAGCCAAUGGUGACACUUGAAGACUUGCUGCAACAACCCCAACCAGUGACCAUGUUGUUUGAGCUUUGCCAAAAGCAUGGUAAGCAGGUUGAUAUAAGGCAUUGGAGAGACGAGUCAAAAAAUGUGGCUAGUGUGUAUGUGGAUGGAAAGUUUGUUGCGUCAGGUUCUUCCGAGCACAAGGAGAUUUCUAAGCUAAAUGCUGCUAAGUUAGCUUUGUGCAAGCUAUCAAAAUCAAUGCCGAAUAAUGAUGGAUUGUCACAAAUCAUGGAUGGUAUUAGAGAGUCAUUUGAGAUAGAAGGUGCAAAACAGAAGCUACAUGAACUUUGUGGCAAGAAGAAGUGGCCCAAACCGACUUUCAGAAUGGAGAAAGAGGAAGGACCUGCACAUGAAAGAACAUUUGUAUCCUCUGUUCAAAUAUCAACUGUAAAUGGUGUACUAUUUAUGAUGGGAGAUGGAAAAUCAAGAGUAAGAGAUGCAGAAAAUUCUGCAGCUUCUUUGAUGAUCCGUGCCUUGCAAGAAUCUGAGAUACUUUGAUGCUGGCUUCAUAGAUUCAAAUCUUCAAAUUUCAACAACUAAUUGGGUCAGUAAGGACGUAAGUAUCAGCAUCAUUAACAGAAUCAAUAUGAUCACAUCAGAAGGCAUAUAGAUUAUAUUGGUGAAGCUGGACUUCUUUGGUAAUUUUUUUAUUUUUAUUUAUGUUUUUUGAAAGUAAAUGAGUACCGAAUAUCUUCUAAUCAAGAGAUUGAGAGAUCUCCACUAUUCAUUUGACUUUUACAAACAGAAAAUUAAAAGUAAAAAUGUUACCAAAUGAGAUCUAAGUACGUAGGAAAACAAGAGAUAUAUGUUUCGUUUGAAAUGUAUGCUUCUGUUAUAUUUUUA